CGCAUUGUUGAAGUAGAUGCCAUUGAGCGCGAUUGUGCCAACGAUAGAAACAGGAAACGCGUAACCAAAAUGAGUUCAAAAUCCUUUUUUGCUGAAGAUGAUGCCGACCAGGCCAACAAGUUGGCCAAGAAAGCCAAAGAGUCUCCGUUCAUGUUAAUUGGUAUUGCGGGUUUCAUUGCGGCGGGAGCGAUUGGUGCCUACAAAUACAGACAUAGAGGCACAAUGAGCACCAGUGUUUUCCUCAUGCAGUUGCGUGUGGCGGCGCAGGGCACUGUGGUGGGUUGCCUGACCCUUGGACUGGGCUAUCAGAUGGCCAAGGAGUACAUAUUCGACAAGCAGCCAAAGGAAAAUUUGAAGUCAUUGAGUAAUUAAACACACAUUUUGAUUGACUUGGCCUGCAAUAAGUUUACCCUCCCCCCGCCCUGCAUCAACACCUGUGGACAAUUCAUACCUAGCCAAAUUGUAUAUUAUUUAUUGCUUUAACAAAAAACAACAAGAAAAAAGAAAAGAAAUCAAGUCAACACUCAUAUGUUAAAAUAACGAAAAUUGUCAAGUGUUUCGUCCAGACGAGCAUUGUUAGCCAAGCUAAAAGCGAAUGUUUUGUAAGAUUGUGAUACUUAAUAUGUUUGAGGAAGCUAACUAACUUAAAUAUGAAUGUAAAACUAUCGAAUUGUUGAAACACUGUGAAAGAUAAAUACCUCCUAUGCAAAUGAUGUAAGAUUAAAAACAAACAUUUAAGAUUAA